AUGGGACCUUUCCUUGCUGCUAUCGGCCUCUUGGGCUCUUUCAUGACUCUUGCUGUUCAGGCCCAGAACCCGCACCAUGCCAUCGACCCCACCCUUUUCGCCGUUAUCAAACCGAAUAACGAACUUGAAUGGCAUGACUGUUACUCUGUCUUCAAGUGUGCGCGGUUGAAAGUUCACGCAAAGAUUGAUGACCCUCGCAAACCAAAGAAGGUCAAGGGGAAGUGCGGCCAGCCAACUGUCGACCUUGCCAUCGUCAAACUUCCCUACGUUGCUGCUCCAGGGGGCACCCCUCACCAAGGCGCAGUUCACGUCGCCCUGGGAGGCUGGAGUUCCUCGUCGACCAACUUCCUCGUCCGGUUCGGAGAAGACUACGCCCCUUUAUUCGCAGGAUAUGAUCUUCUCGCCAUCGACUAUCGCGGCUGGGGAUGGACUACAUCCUCCUUCCGCUGCUUUGCCACCGAAGACGACCGCAAACAAUUCGCCCUCUCCGAGCCUCCUCUCCUCGGAGCUGACGAUGCCGCAUUCUCUCUCCGCGAGAAGCGCGCCGAGGAGUUUGGGAAGAAGUGCAAGAAGAACGGCGAGGACAUCGGCCGGUUCAUGGGGACGUACGCCAACGCCGUCGAUCACUACACCGUCAUGAAGGCGGAGAACCGCACCAAGAUGGGCUUCUGGGGUCCGACACCCUCAUCGCUCGCGUACACCGUAACCCAAGCCCAACCCUCCCAAAUACAAGAUGCGGAACGCGGCCUCGAAGCAUUCUUCUACACAUGCCUCAACUCCGCCCCCGGAAUAUGCGCGUUUGCAAACACCUCAAAAACCACAGCCGCGCUCCGCGCGCGCUACACCGCCCUCGAGGCAAAGCUCAGAUCCAAGCCCCUCAGCAUCCCGGGCUCCGACUACAAAUUCGACUGGUCCGCCCUCCACACCUUCACGACCACCACCCUCCACGCCCCCGGCUGGUUCCCCGUCCUCGCGGGCGUCUUCGCAGAAGUCGAAAACGGGACAGCAGGGCCAGCCAUCGCCGGCGCAGUAUCAUCCUCCCUGACCGUCCCGCCUGCCCCGCUCCCCCUCCUAACAGAAGAAGCACCCUUCGAGGGCAUCCUCUCCGGCGUCUGCAUCGACGAGUCACAGCACAUCAAGAACACCAACGACUUCAAGGCCUACCUCAAAAGCAUGGUCGCCGCCGCGCCCAGCGUGGCGCCCAUCUUCGCGGACUGGCGCCUCGUCUGCUCCAAGUGGAAAAUCGACCCGGCCAACAGGUUCCCAGACGUCUCCAGCGAGCCUGUCAGGACGCAGGGCAAGAUUGUCGUGCUGAACGGGGUGGGCGACCCCGCGAGCAGCGUCGAGGGCGCCAAGGGCGUCGCGGCGAGGUUCUCGCCGAGCGUGUUUGUGAGGAACCUGGCGCCGGGACAUACGAGCUUUGCGGCGGCGAGUAAUUGCUUGUUUGGGCUGUUUUACACGUUCUUCGUGCUCGGGCAGAUGCCGGCGGAGGGGUAUACUUGCGGUGAUGUCUUUGCGCAGGCUUUUGGGGUGCAGAUUCCUGCUGGUUUCUAG